GCUAAAUCAUGAAAUCCUUCGUUUCUGUUCCUCAAAACUCGGAUUUCCCAAUUCAAAACUUACCGUAUGGUGUUUUCUCAACAAAGGCUGACUCUUCCCGCCACAUUGGAGUUGCAAUUGGAGAUCAAAUCCUCAACUUGGCAGAAAUUGCCAAUCUUUUUGACGGACCUCAAUUGAAGGCACAUCAGGAUGUUUUCAAGCAGAGCACAUUGAACGCGUUCAUGGCACUGCCACGUCCAGCCUGGUUGGAAGCUCGUGCAAGAAUCCAACAACUGCUCUCAGAGGAUUGUGCUGUUCUUAGGGAUAACGCUCAUUUGAGAAGCCGGGCUCUUGUCGCUCAAUCCGAUGCUACAAUGCACCUUCCAGCUCAAAUCGGAGAUUACACCGAUUUCUACUCCUCCAUCCAUCACGCCACCAACGUCGGAAUCAUGUUCCGUGGAAAGGAAAAUGCUCUGAUGCCAAACUGGAAGUGGCUUCCGGUCGGAUACCACGGAAGAGCUUCAUCAAUCGUUGUAUCUGGAACAGACUUGAAAAGACCAGUUGGACAAACUAAGGCCCCAGAUGCUGAGGUUCCAUCGUUUGGUCCAUCAAAGCUUAUGGACUUUGAGCUCGAGAUGGCGUUCUUUGUGGGAGGUCCAGAAAAUGAAUUGGGAACUCGUGUUCCAAUCGAGAAGGCUGAGGAUCGUAUCUUUGGAGUUGUGCUCAUGAACGACUGGAGUGCUCGCGAUAUCCAAGCUUGGGAAUACGUUCCACUCGGCCCAUUCCUUGCUAAAUCCUUUGCCACAACUGUUUCUCCAUGGGUCGUCUCAAUUGAAGCUCUUCGUCCAUACUUUGUUGAGAAUCCAGUACAAGAUCCAGUUCCACCAGCAUAUCUCCAUCACGAUGACCCAUUUACCCUUGACAUCAAUUUGGCCGUCAGUAUCCGUCCAGAAGGAGAUGCUGUGGACCAUAUUGUCUGUAAAACUAACUUCAAGCAUUUGUAUUGGACUCUAAAACAACAACUUGCUCACCACACCGUCAAUGGAUGCAACCUCCGCGCUGGAGAUCUUUUGGGAUCAGGAACUGUAUCUGGACCAGAAGAAGGUGCAUAUGGAUCCAUGCUCGAGCUUUCGUGGCGCGGAGCCAAAGAAGUUCCAGUUGGCUCAGAAAUCCGAAAGUUCUUAAAGGACGGAGAUGAGGUCAACCUUUCUGGAGUUUGUGAAAAGAAUGGAGUCAGAAUUGGUUUCGGAGAGUGCCGCGGAAAAGUCCUGCCAGCCGAUAUCUAAAAUCAUCGUAAUUAAAUCGUUUUGCUUUUUGUUUCAUUCUCUCGUUUGUUAGUAGUAUCUCGUCGAAUAAAGUUCUGAAGCCCACG